GUUGGAAGGGACCCAUAAGGAUCAUCGAGUCCAACUCCCAGCUGCACACAGAACCAGCUAAGAAGGAGCCCAUAGAACUGAGCGUGGUGCAGACAGUCCUUGUACUCCCACAGGACUGGGGCCAGGCCUGCCAUCCUGGGGAGCCUGUGCCAGUGCCCACCCACCUUCUGGUGAAGAACCUUUCCCUGGUAGCCAACCUGAAUGUCCUCUGAGGCUAGCCCGAGCAUUAAGAAUAACGUGAUAAUUGGAGACUUUUCUGUGGAAUUUCUGCAACGCAAAGGCCAGAAGUUUUGUACAAAAGCACAGCCCAAGGACAGUGACACCGCCUGACCUAAAUGACUCGUGUGCAGAGAAGCUUGCCUGCUUGUUUUCAUCAUUUUAAUUGACCUGCUGCAACAUUUCACUUCAGCACCUAUUUUCGCAGAAUCAUGGAACCGUUUGAAUCAGAAGGGACCCUUAAAGGCCACCUGGUUCAGCUCUCCCACAACAAACGGGGACACCUACAGCUAGGUCAGGCCGCUCAAAGCCCAGUCCAGCCCGAGCCCUCCGAGCCUCCCGGCAGGGCCGCGGCCGGGAGGAGCCCGGUGCCGCCGCGGCCGCCUCCCUCCCUCCCUCUUUCCUUCCCGCCCAGCCUCCGGCGCUGCCUCCCCGCAGCAGAGCUGGGGAUGGCGGGGCUGGUCGGGGUGCUGUGCCUCGCCGCCGCCGCCGCCUGCCUGCUCCCGGCGCAGGGGCGGGAAAGCGACGCGGGAUGGACUCAGCAGAAGUAUUCUCACCAACCAAGUACUUUACAUCCUGAUGCUAUCCAAAAUGUUGCAGAAAAAACAGAUGUUUCUGAAAUGUGGGAGAACGAUUUGCGCCCCAUCCUGAUAGAAAGAUACCCAGGGUCACCAGGAAAUCACGCCGUACGACAGCACAUCAAGCAGCGUCUUCAAAGACUCCAGGCUGGUUGGGAAAUUGAAGAAGAUACCUUUCAGAAGUACACACCCUAUGGGUAUCAAACAUUUUCAAAUAUCAUCAGCACUCUCAACCCCUCUGCAAAGCGCCACCUGGUCCUCGCUUGUCACUACGACUCAAAGUUCUUUGGCCCACAGUGGCACGGAAGAGUGUUUGUGGGAGCAACCGACUCAGCUGUGCCCUGUGCCAUGAUGCUGGAGCUGGCACGUGCCCUGGACAACAAGCUUCAGUCCAUCCAGACAAGCUCAACAUCAAGACCAGACCUUUCACUUCAGCUUAUCUUUUUUGAUGGAGAAGAAGCUUUUGUCCGGUGGUCCCCUUCUGAUUCCCUCUAUGGGUCUCAACACUUGGCUCAAAAAAUGGUAUCUACUCCACAUCCACCAGGUUCAACCACCACAAACAGACUCCAGGGCAUGGACCUGCUGGUACUACUGGAUUUAAUAGGCGCACCAAACCCUGUCUUUCCCAAUUAUUUUCCAAACACUAGCCGAUGGUUUCAGAGGCUUCAAGCAAUUGAGCAGAAGCUACACGGUAUGAAUCUGUUGAAGAAUCACCUUGAUGAAACACAGUAUUUCCAGAAUAACGUAUAUCGAGGCUUGGUUGAGGAUGACCACGUUCCAUUUCUAUUGAGAGGGGUUCCAGUCCUACAUCUGAUCCCGUCCCCUUUUCCUGAAGUAUGGCACACUAUGGAGGACACUGAAGAAAACCUCGACCAAACCACUAUUGAGAAUCUCAGCAAAAUCCUCCAGGUGUUCGUACUGGAAUAUCUAAACCUGUGACAGAAAUGUAGGCUGCAAAUCUUACUUCAUUUUAAAUGUUGUUUGCUCACCUUCCCUUCUGUUAUUUAAUUACAUCAGAGUGCACUGAAGCAAAGCAAAAUACGGCGAUAGCUCUUGUUACACUGAUUACUGUUUCUGCUGUUCCCAGCUCAAUGUUCCAUAUAAAGAAAUAAAAUAUGGCAUUAAAUAAAAAUUAGUUUCAGCCCAGAAAUAAUUUGAUCUUUCAAUGUCUUACCUCUGGAUAGACCAAAAUAAAAUUCCAGAGUUUUCCCACAUUGUUAUCACCGUUUUUAUGUCACACAUUAAGAUCCAGCAGGGGAUGCCUUCAGAUGUGUUCAGCUCAAAUUUUUUUACAAGGUGUUACCAACUUCAGCAGCCUUCAGCAAUGGAAAUUUUUUAAUACAUUACCAAAAAAGGCAAAAAAUCACAUUAAAACAAACUUUGCUUUGGGCUGAACCAAAUCACAUGAUCACGAUAUCAGCUGCAAGAACUCCUGACACACAACAGGGAUUUGUUACUCUCUCUGUUCUCUUCCCUCCUUUCCCUCAGGGGGAGGCUGCAGGAGACAAGAACACAGCACAAAAAUCAAAUUUCUCCCAGUCGUUUCUGGAUACUUUUUGAUGGAGAAGCUGGUGGGGAGUGAGAGCAGUGGGAAGUGCUGUGGGGACUUCCACUAUGCUUCAGCUGCACACAGAACAGGCACUGUGUGGGAGCAAUGACCAAACACAGCGUUUGUGCGCCUCAGAAUCAUUCACAGUUUCACCCAAAAUAAUAGGAAAACUGUUUGUAACACAGACUACAUCAGAAGUAGCCAAACUAUGAAUGUGAUCAUUUUAGAAACUGCAGUUUUAUGUAGGUACCAUUUUAAAAGCAAUGUGCUACCUAUAAAGACUGAACUAAGUACAGGAGUGAGAAGGUGACAUCAAAAAGCCAAGAACCUCUCUCAGAAGAUACUCACCAUUCUAACAACCCUGCACUUGUACAUUUCUUACUGGAACUGUUCAGUACAUUUAGUGUAGCACUAUGGCAGCACAAAUCUACCUGCAAUGACAUCAGUUAACAGAGGAGGCCAGAACAGCAGUAUCCAAAAGCUACAUACAGGAUUAUGGUUUCCUGUGGGGAGAAGAUGACGAGGACAUCUGAAAAAGAAAAUAAAACAAUACAAUAAUAGUUGUUAAUUAAGCUAGUAGAAGAUGAUGUCAGUAUUUGCCUGUUUUGAACUUCCUUCAUUAGAAAGUUCUGUACUGGACACAGAGAUUUAGAAAAGGAAAUAAAUAAGCUGUGAAGCUAUAGGCACAUCAGAUGUGGCUUCUAUUUUAGUAUUUUACCAUUUCCCUAAAUCAAAGAUUUCUGAAUCUAAGCAGAAUAUUUACAAGCAUUUUAAAGUUUCAAUGGGAACUUGUAUUUACAACAAUGCAAAUUUGUUAAAAGCUACUAUUACAUAGCAGCCUGAAAAUGAAAGUUGAUCUGUCUUUAGUACUUGAGAUAGGACAAAAAAAAAAAAAAUUUGUUUUCCAUCAUUUUACUGUUUGUGAGAAAUGUUUCUGUGUAUGAAAAUUCUGAAGUAGAAC